GAAACAAAAAGAUGUUCUUCUUCUUCUUCAAUUUCUUUCUUCUUUCUCUUCUCUCUUCAUAAUUCUUCUUCUUCUCUUUACUUCACAAUCUCUUACUUACUUGCAAUUAAAUCUUCUUCACCGAAACUUUUCUCUCUCACCACACCGCUUCAAACAAAUAUGAGUAAACUAGUUGUUGAAAUCGUUGACGCUAGCGAUUUGAUGCCUAAAGACGGACAAGGCUCAGCGAGUCCGUUUGUUGAAGUUGAAUUCGACCAACAGCGUCAGAGAACGCAAACGCGGUUUAAAGAUCUAAACCCUCAGUGGAACGAGAAGUUAGUUUUCAACGUCGGUGACUUCAAGCGUUUGAAUAAUAAGACUAUCGACGUCACUGUUUAUGAUGACCGCCGUGAUAAUCAACCUGGGAAGUUUCUUGGCCGUGUUAAAAUCUCCGGCGCGGUUGUUCCGUUAUCGGAAUCUGAAUCCGAUGUUCAGAGGUAUCCUCUUGAUAAACGAGGUUUGUUUUCUAACAUUAAAGGUGAUAUCGCUUUGAGAAUCUACGCUGCUCCGAUUGACGGCGGCGAUUUCGUCUCUCCGCCGCCGGAUUUUGCUGAGAAAGUGACUAAAGAGGAGAAGAGAUUCGAAUCUCAGGAGUUUCAAUUUCAGAAUCAGAAUCAGAAUCACUUCCAGCAGUUUGAAGAUGAGAUUGAUAAUAACAUGGAGACGAUGAAGCCGACGAAGAAGAAAGAGAAAGAAUCGAGAACUUUUCACUCAAUCGGUGCUCACGCCGGAGGAGGAGGAGCUCCACCGAUGUCACAAGCGAAACAAGCUUAUCCUCCACCUCCUAAUCAACCGGAGUUUAGGUCAGAUUCCAUGAGAGCUCCAGGACCACCGACUGGAGCAGUAAUGCAGAUGCAACCACCGAGACAGAAUCCAGAGUUUCAGCUAAUUGAAACCAGUCCUCCUUUAGCAGCUCGUAUGAGACAAUCCUACUAUUAUCGAAACAGCGGAGAUAAAACCUCGAGCACAUACGAUCUCGUUGAGCAGAUGCAUUACCUCUACGUUAGCGUCGUGAAAGCUCGAGAUCUUCCGGUGAUGGAUGUUUCCGGUAGCUUAGAUCCUUAUGUUGAAGUGAAGCUAGGGAACUACAAAGGUUUAACGAAACAUUUGGAGAAGAAUUCGAAUCCGAUCUGGAAACAGAUCUUUGCCUUCUCUAAAGAGAGAUUGCAAUCGAAUCUUCUUGAAGUUACUGUGAAAGAUAAAGAUCUUUUGACUAAAGACGAUUUCGUUGGAAGAGUUCAUAUUGAUCUCACUGAAGUUCCUCUUAGAGUUCCUCCUGAUAGUCCUCUGGCUCCACAGUGGUACAGGCUAGAGGAUAAGAAAGGUAUGAAGACGAACAAUGGAGAGAUUAUGCUUGCUGUGUGGAUGGGAACUCAAGCUGAUGAGUCGUUUCCAGACGCUUGGCACUCGGAUGCGCACCGUGUGAGCCACUCGAAUUUGUCGAACACGCGGUCUAAAGUUUACUUCUCUCCGAAGCUGUAUUACUUGAGAAUUCACGUAAUGGAAGCUCAGGAUCUUGUUCCGUCUGAUAAAGGUAGAGUACCUGAUGCGGUUGUGAAGAUUCAAGCGGGGAAUCAGAUGAGAGCGACGAGGACGCCUCAGAUGCGGACGAUGAAUCCGCAGUGGCACGAGGAGCUUAUGUUUGUUGUGUCUGAGCCGUUUGAGGAUAUGGUGAUUGUUUCGGUUGAUGACAGGAUUGGUCCAGGGAAAGAUGAGAUAUUGGGCAGGGUGUUUAUACCGGUGAGGGAUGUUCCGGUCAGGCAAGAGGUUGGGAAAAUGCCUGAUCCACGGUGGUUUAAUCUACAAAGACAUUCAAUGUCUAUGGAGGAAGAGAAUGAGAAAAGAAAAGAGAAGUUCUCUAGUAAGAUUCUGCUUCGGGUUUGUAUAGAAGCAGGGUAUCAUGUUCUUGAUGAGUCCACACAUUUCAGCAGCGAUCUUCAACCGUCUUCAAAGCAUUUGAGGAAGCCGAGUAUUGGGAUUCUUGAGCUUGGGAUUCUCAGUGCUAGGAACUUGAUGCCUAUGAAAGGUAAAGAUGGGAGAAUGACUGAUCCCUAUUGUGUGGCGAAAUAUGGUAACAAAUGGGUGAGAACGAGGACUCUUUUAGACGCGCUUGCGCCUAAGUGGAACGAGCAAUAUACUUGGGAAGUUCAUGAUCCUUGCACAGUUAUAACAAUUGGAGUCUUUGACAAUAGUCAUGUCAACGAUGGUGGUGACUCUAGGGACCAGAGGAUUGGGAAAGUUAGAGUCAGGCUAUCUACGCUGGAGACAGACCGGGUUUACACUCAUUACUACCCGCUACUGGUUCUUACACCGGGUGGUCUAAAGAAGAAUGGUGAGCUUCAGCUAGCUCUGAGGUACACCUGCACCGGGUUUGUUAACAUGAUGGCACAAUAUGGAAGACCGUUGUUACCCAAAAUGCAUUAUAUUCAACCAAUACCAGUACGGCAUAUCGACUUGCUUAGGCAUCAGGCAAUGCAAAUAGUUGCAACAAGACUAUCAAGGUCCGAACCACCUCUAAGACGAGAGGUUGUGGAGUACAUGCUUGAUGUAGACUACCAUAUGUUCAGUCUCAGGAGAAGCAAAGCCAAUUUCAGCAGAAUCAUGUCGCUUCUCUCCUCGGUCACUCUGGUCUGCAAGUGGUUCAACGAUAUCUGCACAUGGAGAAACCCGAUCACAACGUGUCUGGUUCACGUUCUGUUCUUGAUUCUUGUCUGCUACCCAGAACUGAUUUUACCCACAGUCUUCCUCUACCUCUUUGUGAUAGGCAUGUGGAAUUACCGAUACAGACCAAGACACCCACCUCACAUGGACGCUCGUGUGUCCCAAGCAGACAAUGCACACCCAGACGAGCUAGACGAAGAGUUCGACACUUUUCCCACCAGCAGACCGGCAGACAUUGUCAGAAUGAGGUAUGACAGGCUUAGGAGCGUCGGUGGUAGAGUUCAGACAGUCGUAGGCGAUCUGGCGACUCAAGGGGAGAGAAUUCAAGCUCUUCUUAGCUGGAGAGACCCGAGAGCAACUGCUUUAUUCAUCGUCUUCGCAUUGAUCUGGGCCGUGUUUAUCUAUGUCACACCAUUCCAGGUGAUUGCAAUCAUAAUCGGGCUGUUCAUGCUGCGUCAUCCGCGAUUCAGGAGUAGAAUGCCUUCAGUACCUGCCAAUUUCUUCAAGAGAUUACCAGCCAAGUCAGAUAUGCUACUGUAAGUGUAAAAGACAAAAACCAAAAGAAAAAUGAUUAUAUAUUGUUGUAGUGUGUAUCAAAGAACGCAAGUGGAGAACUUUGUAGAGGGGAGCGAAGGAAACUAGUUUUUGCCUCUGGGGUUAAAUCAUUCGUAUAUUCUGUAUUAUACGUGAGCUUAAUCAUAAACCAACAAAUAUUUU